CAACAAGUUAUCGCCCAGGUGUGACCGUUAGAGGAGCUCGAUGUGCUGUUUGAGGUUAUGAUUCAGAGUAUCAUUAGAGACCAGUGACCAUUACCAGGCAAGCGGACAACAAGGAAGAAAAAUGACUCCUAAUGUGUCGGACAGUGUAGUGACGGAUUCCGACGCGAACACUGGGUCCGUUUCCGCGGUCAACACGAACAGUACGGUUUGGGAAAGAAAGCAGCACAUUGCGCCACUCUCACAGGACUCGAACAACAAUGACAGCAGCAGUAAUGACUGUGAUCAGGAUACGCGCCAAUCACCCUUUCGGGCGCAAAUACGGUGGCCCGAUUUUGCCGCCCAGCUCUUCGUACAUGUCGGUUUCGUCGUGGGGCUCUUCUAUCUGGUGACAUUCCGCGCGAAGUUCUACACGUACCUUUGGACUUUGUUGUUAGUGUGGGCCUCUGGGUUGGGCAUAACGGCCGGAGCGCACCGGUUAUGGUCACACAAAUCAUACAAAGCUCGUUGGCCGCUGAGGUUGUUACUGAUGUUUUUGUUUACGAUAUGUGGACAGCGUGACGCGUACACGUGGGCCCACGAUCAUCGCGUCCACCACAAGUAUUCGGAGACCGACGCCGACCCGCACAACGCAAAACGAGGGUUCUUUUUCGCCCACGUUGGCUGGGUGUUCCUGACGCCACACCCGGAAGUGGUGGCCAAGCGGAAGAUCAUCGACAUGAGCGAUCUGGAGGCCGAUCCCAUCGUGAUGGCCCAGCGACGCUUUUACAUUCCGUUGUUCGCGCUACUAGUAAUCGGGCUGCCCGUGCUCGUGCCCUGGUACUACUGGGAUGAACAGCUGACCAUCGCAUUCUGGGUGUGCUUCACAUUCCGCUUCACAACCACGCUGAACAUUGCCUUCUUCGUGAACAGUGUGGCGCACAUGUUUGGCAAUAAGCCGUACGAUAAGAGCAUUAGUCCUGUGGAGAAUUUGGCAGUGGCGAUCGCGGCGAUGGGUGAAGGCUGGCACAACUAUCACCACGUGUUUCCGUGGGACUACAAAACCAGUGAAUUAGGCAGCUAUCUGUUCAACGUGACCACGGGUUUUAUCGACUGUUUCGCGCGUGUCGGGUGGGCCUACGAACGCAAAUCAGUACCACCGGAAGUUGUAGCACGGCGUGCGGCCAAGUGUGGCGAUGGAACGCGUUUUUUGACCGACGAAUACGCACACCUUGACGCCGUGUGGGGUUACGGCGAUCAGGACAUACCAAAGGAGGACAUGGACGCCAUCGCGCGAUCGCAGUAUUGAUCCACGAUCCCGUCCACGCCGACAAUCAGUCUUUCUUAAGGCACAUGGAUCGGUAUCGUGGUGUGGUUUUGUAGCUUUCAUUUCUAUAUUGUAGAACUGGUACCAGCAAAAAACCGUGCUUAAACUAUUAAACCUUAAGUUGAAUGUUAACAUAAAAGAAUGAGUCAAAUAAAUCAACUCCA